AUGGUGGCCAUAAUGUCGGUGUCCCAUAUGGACAGAUUCCUCAUAUGGUAUGUGUCGAUACCAGAGGACGAGACACAUAACACUCGCAGUCCCUGUGCUAUACCUAUACUCAAGACUAAAGGUGCGAUCGCCGUCUCAUUCCGUGUGUUCGGCACGUCCUUCCUGUUCAUCAACUCUCACUUCCCGGCCCACGAGACUCAGUGUCAGCGCAGACUCGAUGAGUACGAGAAGAUCAUCACAUCUAUUCAGUUGCCAAAAGACACAUCACUUCUGAAGACCCGUUACAUAACCAGUGACCUGACCGGCCGUUUCGACUGUGUCUUCUGGUUCGGAGAUCUCAACUUCAGAGUGGAGUUAACCCACGAAAAUGUUUGCCAAUACUUGGAGUCAAUCAAAUCCAAUGACAUGUAUGAGCCUCUCCUAGAAUACGAUCAAUUGUCCCAAUCUAUGGCCAAAUCAGUGCUGUUCAGAGGUUUCGCAGAGGCGUCGCGAGUCAUGUUUGCGCCCACCUAUAAGUUUGAGCUCAAUUCAGACACCUAUGAGACUGUGUUAAGACGGGUGCCCUCUUUCACCGAUCGCAUCCUCUAUAGAAGUAAACGAUUGGGACAUAUAGUGAACUAUCAGUACAACUCUGUACCCAAAUUCAACACAUCAGACCACAAGCCUGUCUUCGCACUCUUUGACGCUCAGAUCAGACACGGCAGGGAUGACAUCCCUCUCAAUCUCGGUCUCUUCAAUAGAGAGGUAUAUAUUGAGGGAUUGAGACGACGAGCAGCAGAGGCCGGCCGUAAGAUCAGUGAGAAUCACGACUGUGUGGUCGCGUAAUAAGGACUUCAAAGGCUCACUAUUUUACUAUUUUAUACUUUUAUGAAUUCAAUAAAUUGACAAGUUUUACACAAUAUGUUACUGUAUAUGAUAUAUAGAGCCCUGUUUUCCAUUACAAAACUCAUAUCAGCAAU